AUGCGCCACAUCAGAUUGAUACAGAACAGGUCUGUUAUCCCAAAGGUUCAUUGCAACAAUUCAUCAAAGCUCAUUGGUGAAGAUUGGCAGUUACGAUUGGCGAACGGACAGAGCAUUUGCGAAGGCCGUGUGGAGGUUUAUUAUGACGGUGUCUGGGGGAGAGUGAUUGACGCUCAGUGGAAUUUCAAUGAAGCAGAAGUGGUGUGCAGACAACUCAAAUGUGGCUCUGCAAUAAGCACUUACAACCACUUGAAGUUUGGGAAAGGCAGCGGACCGACCUGGAUCAGUAAUGUCAGGUGCAACGGAAGUGAACCCUCCCUUUGGAAUUGCAGUUUUACAAAAUCGGAGCAGUCAUCAAUUGGAGAUGACGUGGGAGUGAUGUGCUCUGAUCAUAUUCAGAUAAGACUGGUGGAUGGUGGAAGUGACUGUGCUGGAAGGGUGGAACUUUACUACAAUGGAAGCUGGGGAACUGCAUGCGAUGAUUCCUGGGAUUUAGCACAUGCUCAAGUUGUCUGUAACCAGCUGAAAUGUGGACAGGCUUUAAAUGCAACAGUUUCCGGUUGGUUUGGUCCAGGCGUGGGGCCUGUAUGGUUAGACUGCGGAUUGAAUGAUUCUGUUCUGUGGGAAUGUCUGGUGGAGCCAUGGAGUGAGAGCGACUGCAAUCAUAAAGAAGAUGCUGGUGUUAUCUGCUCAGACCACAGAGCUGUUAGGCUGCAGGAUGGAGCAAACCCAUGUCAGGGCAGAGUUGAAGUUUUCUACAAUGGGACCUGGGGGACUGUUUGUUCUGAUUCUUUUGAUAUGGAGGAUGCGGAAGUUGUUUGUAAACAGCUCAGCUGUGGAUCUGCCCAAUCUGUGGAUGCUGAUGUUACAUUUGGAAGCGGUUCUGGACCGAUCUGGCUCGAUGAUGUGAACUGUCGCUUGCAUGAUAUGUUCUUGUGGCAAUGUCCAUCUUCACCAUGGGGUGAACAUGAUUGUGACCACCAGGAAGAUGUUGGAGUUGUCUGUUCAGAACUAAGUCCAAGGAAAAUACGCAAUGAGGGAGACAUGAAGAACAGUAAAACUCAACUAGCUUCAGAAAAGUUUGAAUUGCGGCUGGCUGCAGGAUUUAAUAAUUGUUCUGGAAGAGUUGAAGUAUUCACCAAUGGUACAUGGGGAACGGUUUGUGAUGAUUCCUGGGAUAGGAAGGAUGCUGAUGUGAUCUGUAGACAGUUAAACUGUGGUCAUCCAGUGUCAGCUCCGGAAGAGAUGCUGUUUGAAAGAGGAAAUGGCACAAUAUGGAUUGAUGAAAUCAAAUGCAAGGGGAGCCAUCAAGAAUUCACAAUGCCCUUCAACCAGCAAAGAAUCCCUCUCUUCAUCAUACCUUGUGUUUUUAUUAUUCUUUUGAUUGCUGUAUCAAUUGCUUUGGCUGCAGAAUUACAAAGAAGCUUUCAGAAAGGCUACGGAAAGACACAAUAUCCUGCUAGAAGCUUUCCUGAGCCUGCUUAUGAAGAGAUUGAGAUUCACAACCUUGGAACAGGACCGGAUAUCCAAUCUAACAGUUCACUGAACAAACUGGAAUAUUAUACAGGAAGUGAGCUACAUGAGGGUGACGAUACACAUUUGCAAGAUUCAUUUGCUUCAUUUGGUACUGAAUUUGAAAGAGAAUAUGAUGACAUACAAUAA